AUGGCCCACACCUUCUACGACGGCACCAUCCCCGUGCUCCAAUCUCUCAUGCUCACCCUAAAACACAUCCUCACCAAAGCCUCCACUAACCCUGGUCCCAAUGCCAGCGCUACAAUCACCGAAUCCACCUUCCUCACCACCCGCCUAAUAGAAGACAUGCACCCACUCGCCGACCAAAUCCGCCUCGCAACCCAAUUCGCCGAAAACCUAGCCGCCCGCCUGACAAACCGCGACCCGACCAAAUUCGACGGCGCCCCCACGACCCUCGCGCAGAGCUAUGAGCGCAUCGAGGCCGUGCUGAAGGCGCUGGGCGAGGCGGAGAAGGACGUCGUCAAUGGUCAGGCUGAUGUUUUGAAGCCGACGCAGGUGGGACCGACUGCGGUGGUUGAGAUGAGCGGUGCGGGGUAUGCGCAUAGGAUUGUGUUGCCGAAUGUUUAUUUCCACGUUAUGACUGCUUAUGGGAUUUUGAGGAAGGAGGGGGUGCAGGUGGGCAAGAGGGAUUAUUAUGAGGGGUUCUUUCCACAGUGA